AUGACGUCGGAGGAAGCUCAGGAAUGUUUUUACAUGAACAAGGACACGGCUUUGAUGGGCUAUAGUCACUUGGUGGAGCAGUCACUGGCACGCGCGGCAUUUCUCCUCGAUGACGAAUUCAGCACAUUACAAGCGCUCGUUCUUUUUCUGACGAUAAAUCGACUAUCCGGCAAGCCGAGUGUUGCAUGGAAGCUGGCAGGACUGGCAAAGCGGUCGGGAGUGUUUCGCAAAUCCGAUUUGACAAUCUAUGAACGUGAGAUGAGAGCCCGAUUGUGGUGGAACCUGUGGUAUCUGGAUCAUCGAGCUGUCAAAGAUCUCGGGGAAGAGGAUGCAUCCGACAAAGAGACCUUUCCAGAACUGCCUUUGAACAUCGACGAUGCCGACCUUGAUCCACAUGCCACAAAGUCUCCGACUCCGCGAGAAGGUUGGACUGAAGUGGCAUUCGCUCUUGUACGCUUCGAAAUUGCCAUGACACGAUGCCAACUACAUGAUCAACUUGAUCUGAACCAGAAAGAGCGUCUUAUACAAGCAUGUGAAACCAGAAUCCAUGAUCGGUAUCUCCGACACAACAACGAUACGGAACCGAUCCAAUGGCUAACACAACACGUCGCACACGUUCUGAUAAUGGAGAUGUGGUUCGAGCUGUACAGUGCCGACACUGUUCCCAUUGACAGUUGGUCGCAGCAUGUGCAGGACCGACUCUAUCUGCUGGCGAUUGACAUCGUCGAUAUUUCUGCGCGAUUAAAAACGGAGCCACAAUCGCAAAAGUGGAGUUGGUUGCUGACGGGAUACCAACAGUAUCGCCCGUUAGCCUUUUUGUUGAACGAGCUGUGCUAUCGACAGGAGUGCGAGGCGGUGCAUCACGCAUGGAAAGUGGUGGAGGAUGCGGUCACUCGCUGGCCCGAUCAGGUGCGCGCUUCCGUAAGUGGGAAGGUCCUGGCUGGCCUGAGGCAAAGGGCCAGGCGAGUGCAGUUGCAAAUCACGCAGCGUCAGCAUUUGGUUGAUAUCUAG